AUGGAUUCUUUUUUUAUUUAUUUUAUACAUUUUGCGUUGUUUUUAUCACAAUCGGUACUCUGUUCGGAGGUUUUGCUCUUUAUAAGAACUUGUACCCUACGAAACCAGAAACUUUAUUUGCCAACGAGAUGGUCCGAUUCCGGAAUGAUGAUACUGGAUCGGUGGUCACUAUUGAGAACUGAUACCUUUGGAUCGUUUCGAUACUUCUUUGCCUUUUUCCUGAGCCGACUGUAUCUGAGUGUUCCAAGACUUAUUUCAAGAAUGAAUCGACUUGCUCAGGAAAUUUUGAAUGUGUCAAUGGUGGUUGUUGGAUCCAGAGAAUCAGAGAGGACCGACGAGAGAUCUUAUUUGGCUGACGUUGGUCAAGGAUUUUUAAUCAAAUGGGACGAAAGUUGCUAUUCAAAUACAGACGCACCACAUUACAUUUUUAAUCGAGAAAUCUUGGAUCCGUACUAUUGUGGUCCACAUCUUCGUUAUAUUGGAAACGAAGUAGUGACAGUUCAAAAAGAAAAACGUGCCAAAUCUCAGUUCUAUUGUCGAUAUCACAUGGUCCCGUUGAAUUCAAAUAUUACCUCUGAAACGAUUUAUGUUAUUUCUGGAACUAGUAACACCUUUGAUGUUUUUGACGGAAAUAAUGAGCGAUAUAAAAUAACAGGACAAAUUGUUUCCCGGGAUUAUUGGAAGUAUGUUGACUUUGAAAAACAAUACAGCGGAACUUAUUGGCAAGGAGCAGACUUGGAAUAUAUAUAUGCAAUCACCACAAAACGAUCAUGCGUUUGCCAAGAUGAACCUGUUGAAGUGUCAAAUGGACAAGUAAUCCAUAUUCAAUCGCCUGGUUUUCCUGAUUUCAUGUGCCCAUCAUCUAAAUGCGAAAAACGCGUUACAUUUUCCAAAUACAAUGGUUCCGACGAAUAUAUUCAACGAGCUUUGGUAACACUGGAAGCUCGAGCAAAAACCGGAACUAAUUUCAGUCUGGUUUCCACAAACUUCGAUGUUCGCUUCGACAAUGACAUAUAUUCAACAGUUUUCACUAAUUUUCUCCUUGAACCAGUAGAUAUGAAAGUUGAGCAUAGCACCCAGCUAAAUUUAUAUCAUGGGCCAGAAGGCCAUUUCAACAUGACAAUUCGAAGCAUACAAAUCAGAAAAGAUUGUGCCUGUUCGCUUUUUAAGCAGAAGAAAUAUGACAAGCAAGAGCACAAAAUUAAAAUCAAAAUUCCUGCUCACUGUGAGUUGAUAUUCUGUGAUUGGACGAUCGCAUCAGGCGGAAAAAAGGAGAUGACGGUGAAAAUCGAUAAUGGGAAAGAAAAUGACGAAGUUCAUAUAUGGAAUCAAAAUUCGAUGGAGAAAUACAAUUCAACUCAAUUGAAGCAGCCAAGAAAGUUGUACUUGACUACAUGCAGUGACACUCACGUCUCUUUUCGGAGAAACACUUCUGGAGUCUUGCAACAAAAUUUUCCAUCAUUGGUCACAGUUUCAUGGAUCACUGCUUCAGAUACAAUGUGUUAUAAACAGUCAAAUGUUUCAUUAACAACCACCCCUCAGGCAUUCAUAUCUCCUAACUACCCAUUACCAUACAACUUCUUUGGUACAUGCCAAACACUACUCGUGGCUCCUGACAAUCACUAUAUCAAAUUGAACGUCAGCGAUUUUGAUGUGGAAAACAUACAUGAUCAUGUCAGCUUCUAUGAUGGAAACAAUACGUCUAGUGAGUUCCUCUUGGAACAACUAACUGGAACUCAUCAGGCAUUAACACUUUCAUCUAGCUGCAACAUGAUGACUGUAAACUUCUUUUCUGACGGCUCUCAUGGCCGACGUGGAUACCAUUUUAUCGCGUUUGCAGUAGCCAACCCUACUCCCAAAUCUACAGAAGUUGCGAUGCCUACAAUGGAAGAAACUAGUUCUAACAAACUUGGAAAGCUAACUCAAAUAAUGGACCACCUCCAAUCUAAUGACUCCUUUGUUGACCCAUUCUGGCUCAUCGAAUCUGAAAACGCGACCACUUCAGGAACAGACAACCUGCAAAAUUCAGGUUCCAAACAUGGAUUCUUUUUUUAUUUAUUUUAUACAUUUUGCGUUGUUUUUAUCACAAUCGGUACUCUGUUCGGAGGUUUUGCUCUUUAUAAGAACUUGUACCCUAAGAAACCAGAAACUUCAUUUGCCAACGAGAUGGUCCGAUUCCGGAAUGAUGAUACUGGAUCGGUGGUCACUAUUGAGAACUGA